GGGAAACAGAGGGCAAGUAAAGUCUAAACCUUUUGAUUUGAAUACUUUGUUUUUUUUUUUGUAUGUUUUGUCAUUUCAGAGCAAACAAAGAUAUGAGGCAGAUAGACUGUGCUACACCAGAUGCCUGUUUUGCCCAUGCACUCCUUUGAGAUAUAUCCUGGAUGAGUAAGAACUGUUUCAACAUCAACAUGACCAGCCCAUCGUUUUUGUCUAAUAAACAAAGGUCAAAGAGCUCUAUGUUGCACAAAAAAGAAGAACUGCUUUGAAGAAGUUUAAACAAAUGAGGAAGGAGAGAGGAGAAACAUCAAUUCUCUUCAGAGGAAUUACUUUACACAAGUUUUCAAGAUGAAGGUGCUGCUUCUGCUUGUGAUGAUGAAGGCUUGUGCUGCCAUAACACAAGAUCUUUCAGGUAAAAUGUUUACCUUCCCGCUGGAAAGCAACAGAGCUCGUGUGAUGUUCAACACAUCAAGAAGGGAUUUUAAGGCCUUAACUGUUUGUCACAGAUCCUUUACGGACCUCAAAAGAGAUCAUACCCUCUUCUCCUUAGCCACACCCUCUCAUGCCAAUGACCUUUUGAUUUUCUGGGAUGACACCAAUAAAGUAAUGGAGCCACAUAUCAGGAAUAAAAAUGCCAAGUUUGGAGGGCGUGACUACAAACUAAACAUGUGGCACUCUGUCUGUACCACAUGGGAUGCUACGUCUGGAUUGGUGCAACUGUGGUUUGAUGGACAACCUUCGAUUAGGAAAUUCACAAGCUCUGGAUCAAACAUUGGCGGACCUGUCAUAAUUAUUGUAGGACAGGAACAGGACAGUCAUGGUGGCGGGUUUGACAUUAAGCAGUCUUUUGUUGGCAUGAUGUCGGAUGUCUACAUGUGGGACUACGUCCUUUCUCCCUGUGAGAUCCAGAAUUAUGUGAAUGAACAAAACUUCACUCCAGGAAAUGUGCUUAACUGGAGGGCCCUGGAUUACGAGAUUAUUGACAAAGUCCUGCUAGAACAUAAAGUAACCGUUUGUUAGAACAAACUGAUUACUACAGAAGCUCAUAUAUUUUCAGUCACCAUUGCUGAAUCAUUAUUUUUGGAUUAUUUAUUUAACUGUAUCUUUGUGAUUGCCUGAGGUGUGAACUGAACUGGGUGGUACUAGUUUUUCAAAUGACAGACAUUAGGUAUCUUUCACUAAUACUUAAAAAAGAAAAUGCCUUUGUAUACUAUAUUAUUUUACAUUUGAGUUAUCUGAAUAAAAUAAUACAUUUUA